CUUCCGCUCACAGAAGGCGAGGUCGGCUCGGUGAUUUCGCUGGGGAAGCUGGUACUGGGCAAGUCACUUCGCCCCUCCUUAUCUCAGUUUCCUCGUGGCCAUCAAGGAUUCGUGGCUUGCAGGUUGCUUUUUUGUGAGAAUUGAAUGAAAUUUUACAUAUAUAAAAUGCUUAAAAACAAUGCGUGGGACAUAAUAAAAUGUUGGAGGCUGCCAGUGAUUCCACGGUUAAUCCUCGGAGAGGCGUCCUUGUUCUCAAGCGAGCUCCAGUUGCGGAGUCGCAGCCCCUUCGCUCUGAUCCUUGCCUGGUUUGGGGUUUUUCCCGGAUUUCUGAACUCGUUUUAGCCACCACUUUAGGAGGGAGACGAUUUCUUCCAACAGCAGCAUGGGGAAGGCCCUGUGUUUAUACUGGACAGAGAAACUAGUAUGAUCACAGAUUUGCAGAGUGCCCGACAUGAUGAGAGGCCUUAAUAAAUUUUGUGCAACACUGUUUCUUAGUUGCAAGUUUUUGUCGGUCAUUACCUUCACGCAUUUUGGAAAAGACACUGUUCAAGCGCGCCCAGGUUAUCACUUGCAAGUAAUUUGUACUUUUUAGACAGGAGAAAUCCGUGAUAACUUACUGUUAUUGAUGGAACAGAUUGUAUAUGAGACACCCAUUCACAACAGCGCAAUCAAUGUCCGAGUUUCUAAAAAGCACAUUUUAAUGGGCAGUUUUAUGAAGUAUAGCAGCACUUGCUUGUUUGAAACUACAGGAAGUAGAGAGUAUUAUUGACAUUACUGUCCCAUUUCCAUGUAGCUCUGGCGGGUUCCAGAGACAUUAAUAACUUGCUCAAGCUUCACAUUGCUAGCUGGUAGAAAAUAAAUGAGAAUGCCAGAAUCUGAACCAAGGCAUUUUGGCCCCAUUAGAAUAACAAGAAGUGGGCCCGGGAUUUAGCUCAUUGGUUUCGCCUGCUGCGCAAGCGCAAGGACCCGAGUUCGAUCCCUGGUACCAACCAACCAAACAAAAAAGAAUAACAAGAAGUGUUUGAGUUAGAACUGUUAGAAGGGUUAUUCGUGAAGGAAGGCAGCUGGCUCGAGGAGCUCAGUUCGAUGGCGGAUCCAGCCCUUACCUCCCCAAGGUGCGCGCAGCUGCGUCUGCGUCCACGGGAAGCGCACGUGGGCUAACUGCACCCCGGCAUCUUUCACGAUAUCUUUUCCUCCCUAGCCUGACCUGCCCGCGCUCUGCCUUUUCCCAGGAGGAAAAGGAGAACAAUGACCAAGUUCCAGGAAGCAGUGACCUUCAAAGACGUGGCUGUGGUCUUCAGUGAGGAGGAGCUGGGGCUGCUGGACUCUGCCCAGAGGAAGCUGUACCGCGACGUGAUGCUGGAGAACUUCAGGAACCUGCUCUCUGUGGGCCAUCAGUCCUUCAAACCAGAUGUGAUAUCGCAGUUGGAGAGAGAGGAAAAGCUUUGGAUGACAGAGAUCCAAACCCAAAGAGGAAACAGGAAUCAAAACAAGAUGGAGAUUCUUCAUGAAGCAGGGUUGAGGUGCCUUUCACUGGGAGAGCUUUCACGUUGGCAAAUCAAGAGACACAUUCUAAACAAACUAGCUCAAAGUCAAGACUCCAUAAUAAAUAUUCAAGGAAAGAGUUCUUGGUUCCCCAAGCAGUGUGAUUCCUCCUGCCAUAUGAGAGCAGAAGAAUCUUGUCAGGCAUCUAUAGAGGACAGCUGUCUUGUGAAUCUUCUAGAGGAUCGUUCCAAUGUUAUUGAAAAUCAAGAAUUUCCAACCGAAAGAGCUCAGAGUCCUUGGAGUAAAAUAUAUCUCAGUGAGACACAGAACCAACAGAACAAUUAUAAGCCAACUCAGAUGAAAAACAAAUUAUGUAUCUUUGCUCCAUGUGUUGAUAUUUUAAGUUGUAUUUCCCACCACCGUGAUGAUUCUGUAGUGCACAAAAUGGAGGAAGCUCACAGCCACAGCACAUGUGGUAAAGAAGUCCUAAAGGUGUCAGCAUUUACCCAGCAUUGUAUUUACACAGGACAGAGAAACUACCCGUGCAGUGAAUGUGAAGCAGCUUUCAUUGACUGCUAUAAUCUUGAACUUCAUCAGCAAGUGCACUUGGGAAAGAAGUCGCCUAUGUGCAGUAUAUCUGAGGAGGAUACCAGUUAUAGUCCGAGUAUUCCUGUUCAACAAAAUGUUCGCACAGGGAAAAAGCGCUAUUGGUGUCAUGAAUGUGGCAAAGGUUUCAGUCAGAGCUCAAAUCUGCAGACUCAUCAGAGAGUCCACACGGGGGAGAAGCCCUAUACAUGCCCUGAAUGUGGUAAGAGCUUUAAUCAGAGCUCACAUUUGUAUGCUCAUUUGCCUAUUCACACAGGAGAGAAGCCCUACAGGUGUGACAGCUGUGGAAAGGGCUUCAGUCGCAGUACCGAUCUUAACAUUCACUGCAGAGUUCACACUGGGGAGAAACCUUAUAAAUGUGAGGUGUGUGGGAAAGGCUUCACUCAGAGAUCCCAUCUUCAGGCCCAUGAAAGAAUCCACACUGGAGAGAAGCCAUAUAAAUGUGGUGAUUGUGGUAAACGCUUCAGUUGUAGCUCAAAUCUUCAUACCCAUCAGAGAGUCCACACUGAGGAAAAACCAUACAAAUGUGAUGAGUGUGGGAAGUGCUUCAGUUUGAGCUUUAAUCUUCAUAGCCAUCAACGAGUGCACACAGGAGAGAAACCAUAUAAAUGUGAAGAGUGUGGGAAGGGUUUUAGUUCAGCCUCCAGUUUCCAGAGCCAUCAGAGGGUCCACACAGGAGAGAAACCAUUUCGAUGCAACGUAUGUGGUAAAGGCUUCAGUCAGAGUUCAUAUUUUCAAGCCCAUCAGAGAGUCCACACUGGAGAAAAACCAUACAAAUGUGAGGUGUGUGGGAAGCGCUUCAAUUGGAGCUUGAAUCUCCACAAUCAUCAGAGAGUCCACACAGGAGAGAAACCCUAUAAGUGUGAGGAAUGUGGUAAAGGUUUCAGUCAGGCCUCAAACCUUCAAGCUCAUCAGAGUGUCCACACUGGAGAAAAACCAUUCAAAUGUGAUGCAUGCCAGAAGCGGUUCAGCCAGGCCUCACACCUUCAAGCCCACCAGAGAGUCCAUACUGGUGAGAAACCCUAUAAAUGUGAUACAUGUGGUAAGGCCUUCAGCCAGAGGUCAAAUCUUCAAGUCCACCAGAUCAUCCACACUGGUGAGAAACCAUUUAAGUGUGAGGAGUGUGGGAAAGAAUUCAGUUGGAGCGCAGGUCUUAGUGCUCAUCAGAGGGUCCACACUGGAGAGAAGCCCUACACAUGUCAGCAGUGUGGGAAAGGCUUCAGUCAGGCCUCACAUUUCCACACACACCAGAGGGUCCACACUGGAGAGAGGCCUUACAUAUGUGACAUCUGCUGUAAGGGCUUCAGUCAGCGAUCACAUCUUGUCUACCAUCAGAGGGUCCAUACUGGAGGGAACCUGUAAAAUUCGAGGUGUGAAGUAGCCUUCGUCUAGAGCUCAUGUCUUCGUCUCCUUUAGAAGGCCCUGGUUGACUGUGGGAAACUCUUCAGAACUGAGAAGCUCCUUAAAUGCUGUGCUUUAACGACUCAGGUUAAUUCCUUACAAAUAUCAGAUUUAACAUAAGAGAAAACUGUUCUAUAAAUGUGACCAGUGUUUAUACCAAACUUGCAAAGUGUCCCCAUUCUCAGGAUGUGAUACAGCAGAAGAAUCUUAACAUUUGUCAGAAUCUACCAGGAGAGAGGCCUUAUAAAAUGAAGAUUAUGGGCAGGACUUUAAUGAAAGUAUGAUUGACAACUGGUGUCAAAGAAAGUGUAACUUCCACUAGGGAGAUUCUCACUCUGUCUCUGCCAUGCAGAGCUGGACUUGGCUUAUAAUAGGGCCAAGUUUCUCAGCAGUUUCUGAGAAAGUGGAGAAAAAUCCCUAUAAUUAGGACCUAUAUAUAAAAUUGCCAGUCAGUUUCCUACCUUAUACUCAUUAAUUUAUAUCCAUAAGGAAUCCUGAAGUAGCCUUAAUGACAAUUUCAGGAAAUAGGUAUAAAAAAUUAGUGCUGCCACCAUGGCAGUACAAAUUUGGACAAAAGACUUGCAAAUCACUUCGGCCCACUGCAGCCUCAGUUCUUUGUACAGUGUAUCAGUUGUACACAGUGUAAUUUUUUAGUAUUUGUACUUUAGAUGAAAAGCACUUUUAUUGAUAAUGUGACACUACAAUUUAUAUGAUUAGUAUUUGAGUGCCCUAAUUCAUUAAGGUAGGGUUUUACUGUAACUGAAAAUGUUAAAAGUGGUUGCUGAUGACAAAGAUUUUUAGUAAACUUAAUUCUUGUUAA